UCUAUGAUGAGCUGUGCUGUGUUGUCACCAGCUGUUGUCUGGAAGACGAAGGAAAAGUGGAUGUGUCUCGGUUGAUUGUGAGCCUCCACGAGCGGAGCCGUGGCGCUUAGCAGCACGUUUGGAGCCGAAAGAUGGUGCCGGAUGACUGAUGGAAACCCCGGAGCCUCGCCACUCUCACCGUGAUAGACCCACUUACAUAACUGAAGGCAUCGAUAAGACAAAAACUGUGAUAACGGACUAGUACCAAUACAGGUCGGAGUUGAAGCCAUUUUUCUCUGAUCAGACAGGCAGUCCCCAGCUGGGUUCAAUCUGCUACGUUAUAUAGUGGGCAGAGUGCUCUGAAGUGGCACCGCCGCCAUCAUGAAUGUGGGCACGGCGCACAGCGAGGUGAACCCCAACACCCGAGUGAUGAACAGCAGAGGAAUGUGGCUGUCUUACAUCCUGGGCAUCGGCCUCCUGCACGUCAUCCUGCUCAGCAUUCCCUUCGCCAGCGUGCCCGUGGUCUGGACCCUCACCAACCUCAUUCACAAUCUGUGCAUGUACCUGCUACUUCACACGGUCAAAGGGACGCCCUUUGAGACCCCAGAUCAGGGCAAGGCUCGCCUGCUGACACACUGGGAGCAGAUGGACUACGGUGUGCAGUUCACUGCUUCACGCAAGUUCCUCACCAUCACACCCAUCGUCCUGUAUAUACUAACCAGCUUCUACACCAAAUAUGAUCGGGCCCAUUUUGUGGUCAACACUGUUUCUUUGCUCACUGUACUGAUCCCCAAGCUGCCCCAGCUGCACGGUGUGAGGAUCUUUGGGAUUAAUAAGUACUGACAAGGCGGAAGAGGACACCUCCUUCCCUCAGUCCCCGUGGACUGCUGAGCGCACACAGAGUAUCAGGCCUCUGAUUUGGCUGCAGAUCCAUGAGGAUCCGUGGCCCUCUGGCUCUCUACUCUGCUGAGCCGCGCUCUAAAUGAAGCCUACUGGGGAUACUACCAUGGUACCAAACCCCAGGAAAGAGACACAGUAGAAAGUGCACAAAGGGAAAGUGUGCUGGUGUGAUGGUUUGUAGCCUCUUUCCUUUGAGUCACAGGUUUUUCAAAGACUUUCUUAGAAAGGGAGUAUUAUGAUUAUGUCCAUUUCUGUAGAAAUGACAAUUUCCUGCUGUGACAGGUGUCAGAGGGAGAGGACAAUGUAGUCGCACACAUAUCGUGCCAUUUUACACCCACUGGCACUCUGAGGCUGUCAUCAAAACUUAUUUUGUAUGUAAUGAUACACUGCUGUAUUUAUUCAGCUGCACUCCUACGAGAAGCUUCCUCUUUCUUAAGGCCUCCGUGCCUACAGGAGAGUAACACUAUUUUAAUGAAAUGGUAAGGGACCUGUGAACUGCUGCAGAGGCGAGACACAAGAAACCACAAGGUUUUUAUAUUUAGCCCGCGCUAUUCUAGUCGGGGCCAAGAUUGGGAGGUUAAGCAACUCUUAUUUUUAUCUGACCAUUUCCAUAUUUGGACACCUCUUGUUCUGGUUUGUGUCACAGCAAACCUCCUGUCUGCAGAGCUGUCUGCACAAGAGCAACCUACUGACACAACACGAGUUCAGAGACAAGUACUUCUUCACCGUGGGGACUCAGGCUUGUCACUAGAAGUACUCAGGACCCAUCACAUGUCAUGUCUGCAUCUUAGUUUGGAGUUUAAAGACAGACUGAGGGGCCAAUUUAUUAGGUACGCCUGUGCAAUCUAAUGCAGUCCACUAAAGUAGCAUUGCAGUAAAUCCUGAAAUACAGUAAGGUGUUUCUAAUAUUCUGUUCUCCUCAUUUACACAUGUAUGAAGCCCUCAUUUCUAAGAAUUAUGUUCCCAUACAACAAAACUUCAUUCUCAAUUACACUUUGUGGGAAACUUAUUUUCUCCCAAAUUUGUGUUUAGCAGAUUAUGUUCAGAAGGUCUACUGGAUGAAUUGGUCAAACAAGCUCAGGAUUUUGACCCAUGUUUUAACUUGGAUAACUUGCGUAACAUAUCCAGCCGUACAGUAAUGAACUUAACUUACGUACGUAACUUCAGUUAUGUAACAAACCAUGAUCUUUUCCUAAACCUAACCGAGGAAUUUUGUUUCCUUUCAUCGCUGUUUAUGUCCUGUGUGAAACCAAACAUCAGUGCUAACUUAUUUUAAGUUAAAGUGGACAUAUAAUGAAAAACUUAGGUUUUCAGUUCUUGUGCACAUACUGUACAUCUGGGUAUCUGGAGUGCCAACCAACCAUCAAACUGUGAAAUAAGACAGGGUUUUUUGUGGGCUGCCUAGAUCAGAAAACAAGUCAUCCAGAUUCAUCACCUGCAGGCUGAUUAAAAAAUACCUCUUCUCCAUCUGAGUAUCUCCACCCACAGCUGGAGAGCUACCUUUACAAAGGUGCAGCAUGUAUAUGUGAACCUGAAAAUUUAGUAUAAAAUGUCCCCUUUACCUUAUGUAACAUACUUAACUUGCAUAUGUAACAAACACACGUAUUUUAACCCAAACCAUGAUCUAAUUCUAAACCUAACAAAGUAGUUUUGUUCCGAAUCAAAACAAUAACCUUGUGUUGAAAACUGCAACCAUAAUCCAAGAGAAAAACGGGUUCCUGGAAACGUCUUGUUGAAUGGGAGCGUAAUGUUUAGGAGUCAUGACUGACAUAAAAGUGGGCAGAAUAUUAGAAACGCCUCAAAAUGAAAUCUGAUACAAAUCCAGAUCAUUCAACAACAUCAUGUGCUCACUCUUCAUCCUCUCAAAUUCAUUUUAGGGUUCAAGGAAAUGAGCGUAGUUUGUGCUAAAAGGGAUUCCGAGUUAUUUAAGAAAGCUGCUCCUUAUUAGAGUAAGAAUGUCUAAAAGGUAAUAUGUCACUGUAAAGACUGUCCGGAACAUUUUUGCUUUAAAGUUUUACAUAUUACUAGUCUAGUGCAUGUAUAUGAUUUCUUCUAGAAGAACCAUUGCAUGGUAGUUAAUGUGAAGCAAUAAUAUUAAACGGAAACUGCAGUUUGAUUUAGUAACGAUCAGCCAAAAACUGUAACAGACACUUCAAACGUGAUGAUUCUGUUAAUUCUCCUACAAGAUUAAAAACAUUUUAUGCAGCAGUAAGAGUCAAAAUGUUCUGAUACCAAACAUUGUUCAGUGUUGUCAAACUGCUUUCAAAGAGAGAUCUGAAGAUUCUUUUAAUUUUAGAUCUGUUUACAGAUGUUAGCCGCACAGUGUUGGCCACUCAUCUUAUUUCUCAGCAGUAGUAUUAGCAGUAGCCAUAGUAGCAUGAAGGUAGUUUUAUUAUCGUGAGUCAUGCUGUUUGAUAUUAAUUACAGCUGAAUCCAAAACAGUUUUAUUUUCUUGCAGCAGAUUGAAUAUUGAAUUGGAACACUUUAUAAUUGAUGCAUUGACCCAACCAAUGACUAGCAUGGACCAAAGAACUGUGGGUUUGUAAAUAAGAUUUGAUCUUCUGCCGCUUUAAUUUCUUUCUCAUCAUGAUGUUUCUGAUAUAUUGUCACCAUAAAGGGCUUUAUUACAAGGACAUGCUAUGAUGUUUCAUAGCACAAAGUGUUUUUUUUUUUACUGGACACUUUAGACAAUAGUUUUGUGGAAGAAGGUUGAAUCGAAUGUUGAUUAAAUGUGAAACAGUGGCUUCUGUUUGUGGAUCAGUGUACUGGUGUGCUUUUAUUUUGAAGGAAAUGUCUGUGAUCCUCUGUAAGAGUGCUUUACCCCAAAUACAGUAUUUUUCAAA